AUGGCUGGCUCCCGUUUCUUUCCAAAAUCUCCUCCCUCGUCUAAUUUUUCGUUCCCGACUCAGAAAGGUUCAGGGGAUCCGACUCGGGCGUCUGUUGUUCAUCUUUUGGCUAGAGCUCAUUCCCUUCCCUGUUCAGCAGCUUCUCAGGCUUUCAUGCAGCUUGUACAGCCUGCUGCGAGGUUUCAGUUAGCUCUUGAUUUGUUGUUGCCUCUCCUUACCUCACCCGCUGAUCUCGCACAACGCAUCCCGGUUUCAUUCAUUCUUUAUUCCAUGUAUGCUCCUUAUCCGAUCUCUCUCAAUCCCUUCAAGUCUGUCUUGUAUGCUACAUUCGUUAAGGAGAGAGAACUCGCCAUAAAAGUUUCUGCUGAGGGCGGGUUCAGCGACAGGGAGCAAUUGGUUUGGGUUCUCUGGAAGAUCCUGAAGGGUGAUGGUAAUGAUAUUGGUCCAUAUUCUCCCAGUACAUUGACAAAAUCCCCACUGCCCCCGGAGUUGAGGGCUUCAAGCCUGUUUUUGGAUGAAGAAACUUUCAUGGAAGCAAAUGACCCUGAUCAUUCCGUUGCCAAAUCCACGAUCACGGCAGGUGAACAAAAGCAAUUUGCCGAGAGAUAUGCUUCCAAGGAUUUGCCACCAUCAGUCCCGCAGGCCACGGAGACCAAGAUUACACCACAAGAAGAUCAAGAAAAUGAACGCAUUGCUCAAGCAAUGAAACUUCUACUCGCAGCUCGUGAUCGAACACUCACACUCACAGAACAACGGACUUUGACGCCUUUAAUACCCCGCCUGACCUCUCCCACGAUGAUAACUUCCGUGGACCUACCGCCCAUCGUUUCGUAUAAUCCUAACCUAGCUUACCAGCUUGUAUCAUCUGUAUAUCUGGAUGCCCUGACGUUACUCCCUCCAACACUCCCAUCAUUUGACCUCCUUGGGCGCCUUCUUCGUGAUACGUCAGCUAUUCUAGAUUAUUCAACCGGUGGCAAAACUACGAUAGCAGACACCGUACGUUCCGAGGUCCUGGGACGCUUUAUUCAUGAGAGUAUCAAGUGGCUCGAUAAUGCCGAGAGAGAAGAACGCGAGGGGCUCGUCAGUGAUGACAGAUUUGCGAAGGGAGUUCAAAAUCUCUGUCGUUUCUACGCCUCAUUGCUCAAGUUCUCGAUCGUGAAUGCCGCUUCUGAUGCAGACUCCACUGAAAUGGCACACUUCACCUUGCGCAACUCUCGGUUCGAAGAGGCAAACGCUCUGUAUUGCAUCUUCGCAUCGGGGAGGUUUUGA